AUGGCCAGAACUAAGCAAGCUGCUAGAACCACCACCGGUGGCAAAGCUCCCAGAAAGCAACUCGCCUCCAAGGCUGCCCGCAAGUCUGCUCCUUCCGGUACUUCCGGCGGUGUCAAGAAGCCUCACAGAUACAGACCCGGUACUGUCGCUCUUCGUGAAAUUAGACGUUACCAAAAGAGUACUGAGCUCCUUAUUCGAAGACUUCCCUUCCAGAGACUGGUCCGUGAAAUUGCCCAGGACUUUAAGACUGAUCUUCGUUUCCAGUCCUCCGCUAUUGGUGCUCUCCAGGAGUCGGUUGAAGCUUAUCUCGUUUCCCUCUUUGAAGACACCAAUCUUUGCGCUAUUCACGCUAAGCGUGUCACUAUCCAGAAGAAGGAUAUCGCUCUGGCUAGACGUCUUCGUGGAGAGCGCAUCUAA